GUGCAGAUUGGCCCGGCUGGAGCUGAGCAAUGCUGGGGCUGCUAUAAAAGGCCAGCCCGGGCCAGACCCAGCCAAGCACUGUCCUGGCCACCUUCUCCUCCUCAGGGACAAGGAGCACCCUCGCAUCCCAGGCCAAGAUGUCCUGCUACGACCUGUGCCCCCCCAGGAGCAGCGCUGACCUGUGCCCCCCCAGGACCAGCGUGGCCGUGCCCCAGCCCAUCGCUGAGAGCUGCAACGAGCUGUGCGCCCGCCAGUGCCCCGACUCCUCGGCCUUGAUCCAGCCGCCGCCCGUGGUGGUCACCUUCCCCGGGCCCAUCCUCACCUCCUUCCCCCAGCAGGCCGUGGUGGGCUCCUCCGGAGCACCGGCCUUUGGCGGCUCCCUGGGGCUGGGCGGCCUCUACGGCACCGGCGCCACCCAGGCCUCGGGGGGCCUCUGCACCUUUGGCAGAGCCUACGCUGCUCCCGCCUGCAGCCCUUGCGCCCUGCCCCGCUACAGCAAGAAGUUCUGGGACACCUGCGGGCCCUGCUAG